AUGACUGAAAAUGUCUCUGUCAUAACAUUGAUUGUUCUUUCAGGUUUUAAUGAAACAAAAAACUACCAAGCUUAUAUCUUUGCUCUCACUUUACUGUGUUACUGUUUCAUUUUGCUGGUUAAUGUUGCCGUUAUAUUGACUGUCAUCUUGGACCGAAACCUGCAUGAACCAAUGUAUAUUCUACUGUGCACAUUUUGCAUGAAUGGACUUUAUGGGACAACAGGUUUCUAUCCCAAGUUUCUCUGGGAUCUGCUUUCUCCUGUUCAUGUUAUCUCUUAUUCUGGUUGCCUCAUUCAGGCGCUGGUGAUGUACUCAUUUGCCUGCAGUGAUCUUUCCAUUCUUGCAGUCAUGGCAUACGACAGAUAUGUGGCUAUAUGUCGACCCCUGCAGUACAACUCUAUAAUGUCAAAGCAAAGAGUCAUACUAUUAGUCUGCUUCUCCUGGUUAACACCGUUUUGCGUUAUAGGCACGAAUAUAAUUUUAACGUCUAGAUUAAAGUUAUGCAGUCCAUAUAUUGCCAGACUUUUCUGUGUGAAUUGGAUUAUUGUUAAACUUGCGUGUUUCCCAGCUGACACUUUGGUUAACAACAUUGUUGCAUACAUUACGAUACUCAUUUAUGUUUUUCAUGGUUUAUUUAUUGUCUGGUCUUACAUGUAUCUCAUCAAAACCUGUGUGCAUUCUAAAGAAAACAGAGCAAAGUUCAUGCAGACAUGUGUGCCACAUUUAAUCUCCUUAAUCACUUUUCUUGUGGCUAUCCUUUUUGAUGUUUUGAAUAUGCGAAUCCAAGAUUCAAAAGGUUUGCCUCAAAUGCUUCAAAACUUUAUUGCAAUAGAAUUUCUCAUCAUACCUCCUAUGAUGAACCCUCUCAUUUAUGGUUUUAAAUUGACCAAAAUACGUAACAGAAUUCUGGGUUUUAUGACUUUUAAAAUGAAAUCAACUUUGUCUUAG